AUGAGAGUAAUUCUAGUAUACAGGAUGAUAACAAUAAAAUUUAAAGUAAUUUUUAAGGGGAAAGCUGAAUAAUAAAAUAUAAGAUAGGAUUAUGGAAUGAAUUAUUUGGGUGAUAAUAAAAGGCCUUCAUUUUAAUUGAAAAAUAAUGUUCCUGGAGUUUUUAUAACACGUUAAUAAAAUGUUGCUUAAAUGUAACGUAAGAAAUUUAGAUAUAUAUCUAUAGCUAAUUUGAAUGUAAUAAAAUUUUAAGAUGAAUUUGGUGAAAUCAAAUUUGGAAUACUUAAAACACUUAAGUCAGUUGCAUAAGAUUAAUUAGGAAGGAAAGUGGAAUGUAUAUUUAAAAGUGAUAGGCCGCUUACAAAAUUACUGUCUACAGUUGAAUAAACUAAUUAGCCUAGAAUGUAAAUCUUAUAUGAAAGUAAAGUAUAGCAGAAUUAAUAUGUGGAUGAUACAUUAAGAGAAGCAAUUCAAUUAGAUGAUUUAGAAUAUGAUGAGAAGAAAAAAGAGAAGAAAAUUCCAUGGUAAAAAAUAAUAAAAGCAUUAAUUUUAAUAAUUAUUUUAAAUCUAAAUUUUAUAAUAUUUGAUAAUUGGAAGUUGCUUUAAUUAAUCUUAAUUUAUUUUAUUAUGUAGAGACAAAUAUUGCAAUAUAAAAAAUUGAUAGCAAAUUAAUUAAAAUUUAAAUGUGAGACAAGAGAUUUACUCAUAUGA